CAAUACAAAGCAGUGGUAUUCGACAUCGGCGGUGUCCUCCUCUCUUCCCCCGUAGCGGUGAUCCGUUCCUACUCUAGCGAACUCGGUCUCCCAGCCGACUAUCUGAACGUCUUCAUUACGAACCUGGGAGCGACGAGCGCUUGGGCAAGGUUCGAGCGGGCUGAGCUCUCCCUUUGGGAGUUCUACGACCUCUGGUCCCAGGAACUGUCGGAUGCGGAGCGUGGGAAGGUCGCGUAUUCCCAAUGGCUGGCGAAACGCGGUCAACCGGCAGAGGAACUGAAGAUAAGAGUGUAUAAAGUGGACGGGAGGGAGCUGUUCGGGCGCAUGAUGCGCGAGGCGGCGAAGUUCGAUCCUUGGAUACUUGCUGCUGUGCAAAAACUGAGAGCGCUGGGGAAGUACAAAGUGCUCGCUCUGACGAAUAAUUAUACGGCGGCAUACGAUUCCCUGCUUGCCGAAUCGGCCAGCUCUCCUGGUGCAGCUGUGGAACUCCGAUUCCUAGGCUGGACCUCUGGGCCCGCACCAGAAAGCAUGCGAGCACUGUUCGACGACUUUGUCGAUUCCUCCUUCUCUGGCUGCCGGAAGCCCGAGGAAGGGAUCUACGACUUGCUGUUGGAGAGGAACGGGUUGAAGGGCGAGGAAUGUGUGUAUUUGGACGAUAUUGGGGAGAAUUUGAUAGCGGGGAAGGGGAAGGGGAUGAGGACUAUUCGGGUGGUUGUGGGGAAGACGAGGGAGGCGGUUGAGGAGUUGGAGCGAGUGUUGGGGGUAAGGUUA